AUGACCUUUGAAAAUUUAUCCAAUAAAACAAAUGAUCCAUUUAAAGGAUUACUAAAAGAUAAAUCUAUUGAUUAUAAUGCAUUUAAAAAUACUCAAUUAAUUGGUUCAGGAACAUUUGGAAGCACAUAUCAUGCAGUUUAUUCAAAUAAUAUUUUAGUGCAUGAAGAUAAUAUUAAAAUUGCAGGCAUUAGACUUUCUGGACGAUUAUCUGAUGUUUUCAACUUGUCCAAUAAGUUCCCAAAAUUUUUUCCAUAUAUAAAUCCUCAAUGUUUUCAACAUAAAGAACAAUGCAAAAGAAAAUUUAUUGAGGGAACACCAAUACCUUAUGCUAUUAUAUAUACUGAUUGCUGGCUGAAAGAUCCUAACAUUCAAGAAAUUGCAUACUCUUUUGAAUGGCUGAAAGCAGAAUUAAUACAUAGUGGAAAUGGGUUAUAA